AAACAUCGCGCGAUGCCGAUGAACAAACUGUUUGUGACAAAAGACUGAAAGAACUACAAUAUUUUGGAAAUACUGGUACAAGUACUCAAUCUACAAGGGUCGACACGCUCAUCAAUAUUGCACCUGGCUGAGCUGGUUCAGUUGUAGAUGUUAGAAAUCGUGUGACAUUCAUGCAUCAUCUACAAUGGCUUCGAGGUCUGGUCGUUUCGCAAUGGACCCAGCUAUCAAAGAGAGACUGAAUAAGUGGGACAACAAAUACGCUCCUCUCUCUGAGAAACAAGUGGAGAGCUACAUGACCUUGAUGGAUCAGUGUUCUGAACGACCGAUGCCCUCUGAGUUGAUUCCAGAUGAGCCAAGUCCAUUUGAUCGGCAUUCUGUUGCCCUGGCAUCUGGAGAGACAGCCAAUGCAUCGUCAGCAGAGGCUCACGGCAUUGCCAUGUUAGACGAGCCCCUGCAGAAGCUUGCUCUUGACGGACAGAACAUGCAGACUGCCCAGCAGUUCUUGUCCUGGUUUGCUGACGUGGAAGCAGCGAUGCGUCAAGACGAGGAAUCUGAGUUCAGGGAGUACUUGUCGGAGCUGCGCCGCUACACUGAUCACUGUGACAGCAUCCUGUCGGACAUCAAUACGACAAUGAGAGAGCUGGAUCGGCUCAAGGAUCAGUACUGUCACGUGUCCACACAGACCGGUGCUCUGCACUCUGCGUGUGAGCAGCUGCUGGAGGACCAAACACGUCUGGUAGAGACGGUCACCAUCAUCAGCGACAAGCUAGUGUACUUUGACGACUUUGACUCAUUGCAUCAUAAACUGCACUCGCCCAUGCUGUCGGUGAUGAGUGAAACAUUCAUGCCGAUACUGACAAGACUGGACGAGUGCAUCACGUACUUAUCAGCGCAUCCCCAAUUCCAGGAGUCUUCGGUGUACUUGACUCGCUUCAGGCAGUGUCAGAGCUAUGCGUUGUCUCUGAUCAAAGUACACACGAUCAACACACUGCGUGAAGCCACCAAACAGGUCAUGCCCAGCCCCUCGGCUCUGGCCUCGAUAUCCACGGAGGACAUGUUCGGGUCGUUCUUCGGGAAGUUCCGCACCUGUGCACCGCGCAUCAAGCUGCUCAUGGAGCAAGUGGAGGAGAAAGCGGGAAGUAAAGAAGACUACUGCUCACUGCUGCAAGACUGUCAGCAGUGCUACUUCAAUUUCCGCCUGACAUUGUUGCAGCCUAGCCUGGCGCAGGCUAUGCGCAAGCUAGUGGUUCAGCACAAUACUGACAAGCCCUCGCUGGUACGGGCUGGCGGUACAUUCAUGGUUCGGUUGUGUCAGGAUGAAUACCAGCUGUAUCUGCGGUUCUUUUCCUCACCUUGUCCCGGUCUAGAUGAUUACCUGGAGUCGCUGUCUUCAGUGCUCUACGAUGAGCUGCGGCCAUGCUUCAUUCAGCUCAACCAUUUGGAAACUCUGGCAGACCUCUGCCUUGUGCUCAAGGUGGAGCUGAUUGAAGACUAUGUGGCGCAAAAACCGCGGGAGCUGGCGGCUUUUGGUGUAGUUGCUGAGCAAAUGCUGGAGGAUGUUCAGCAGAGGCUUGUGUAUCGUGCACAGUCCUUCAUGCAGUCGGACAUUCAGCGCUAUGCACCCGGUCCAGGUGACCUGGCCUAUCCCGAGAAGCUACAAAUGAGCAAGUCCUCUGACUCUACAACGGGUGCAUCACAGGUCCCUGCAGCAGGUAGUCCCACGGCAGGAUUGCUGACCCCGGGAAUGCAGCAGCAACUAGCUGCAGCUGACCAGCAGGGCAUGUGGUAUCCCACGCUGCGACGUACACUCGUGUGCCUGGCUAAGCUCUACCGGUGUAUCAACAAAGGUGUAUUCGAGAGCCUGUCACAAGAAGCACUGGCCAUAUGCGUACAGUCGCUUGUGUACGCUUCCACGGAGAUUACGAAGAAGAAAACCCAGCUGAACGGCUUGCUCUUCCUGAUCAAGCACUUGCUGAUCCUGCGCGAGCAGAUUGCACCAUUCGAUGUGAACUUUGCUGUGAAGGAACGUGGUCUGGAUUUCUCACACCUGAAAGAUGUCGCCUUUGGUCUUUUCCAGCAUCGUAGUCGUCUGUUUGCGCUCACCUAUCAGAACGCCUUGCUGGAGUUUGUGGUGAAGAGUGGACCCACGUUGACUGAAAACUAUCUGGACUCACGAAAGGAUGUGGACAACCGCUUGAAGUCAUCAUGUGAGCAGUUUGUAUCGACUGUGUCGUCGCAGCUAUCAGGACCACUGCGUGACUAUUUGGAGAAGGCACAGAGGCUACUGGACCUGUCUGCCAAGCAGGGCUCCAAAAUCAAGCUACGGCAACAGCCAUUCGCCGACCCAGGCAAAGUACACCAAGUGGUCAUGGCUAACUUCAAGGUCCUGGAGACACAAAUGCCGGAGAUCUUGAGGCUGAUGAAUCUCUACCUUGCCAACAAGGAGUUGGAGUGCAUCCUCUUCAAACCCGUCAAGGAGGGAGUGGUGUCGACCUACAAGCAGCUUUCAGCCAUCGUGUUGGCUCAUUACUCUACAGAGGAUCAAGCAAUCAUUGCCUGCCCCGGUGAAGAACAGAUCACUGCGCUGAUUGUUAUGCCAUGAAACAACGAGACUGAUGCGCAUGGCAACCUCUAGGGCAAGCGUGGUUCAAUGAAAUACUUUCUGUAGUAGGCUGGACUAUAGCUAAGGCCCUCUUAUCUGGAUUGCUUGCCGUCCGCUUAUCUUAGCAGUGCUAAGUGACAUUGAUAUUGCUUAUAGUUUGCAGUCAACACCAGGCCUGUUUCGGAGAGCUUUAGUCUAGUAACUAGUCAUUACAUCUAUGCAGUAUGCCGUAUGUACUCAUAGCUUUUACUGGUUGUUAUUUCUGCUAAUUUUAACAUUAGGCCUAUGACCCAUUUGAUGUUUCUGGAUUCGCUUCUUCUCGACCAUGCACCAUAAUCAUUGUCUCUGCUGGGACAUCUCAGAUAAGAAGCCCUUGUGUCCAAUUUCUACGUACCAAAUGGUGUGUAAACA